CGACUCUCGUUCGAGUUUGCUGCCUCUGCCGACAGGUUCCGUCAGCAUGCCUCGCUUCAACUGGUGCGCGUCGGUGUUGAUGCUCGUCCUCCUCUGCCUGAGCACCGUGAAGCACGUGCGGGGGCAGAGCGCGGGAGACGAGAAGCGAGAGGUGUACUACAACCACGAGGAGAUGACCGCUUUCCUGCGCAACAUGAGCGCCAACUACCCGAACCUCACCAGGCUGUACAGCAUCGGAAAGUCCGUCCAAAACCGGGACCUGUGGGUUCUCCUCAUUAGCAGAGACCCGAACGAAGAGACUCUGCUCAAGCCCAACGUCAAAUACGUGGCCAACAUGCAUGGCAACGAGGCCGUGGGUCGCCAGCUGAUGGUCUACUUAAUCGAGCACCUGCUGACCCGGUACGACACGGACGCGUACGUGCGCCACCUGCUGGACAACACGCGCAUCCACAUCAUGCCCAGCAUGAACCCGGACGGCUUCGAGAUUUCCCAGGAGGGCGACUGCGAGAGCAUGCGCGGACGGGAGAACGCCAACCAAGUGGACUUGAAUCGCAACUUCCCGAACCGCUUCUCUACUCAGCACGAACCCGAGCAGAAUGAAACCGCGGCAGUUCGUAGCUGGAUAAGCCAGAUACCUUUUGUGCUUUCGGGAAGUAUCCACGGCGGGGUCAAGGUCGUCGCCUAUCCCUUCGACAUGUCGUCCAUAACCGAAUUUGAAGAGGACGACUCUGAGACGCUGACGCCUGACGACGACGUGUUCAAGCAUAUGGCGAAAGUGUACUCAUUCAAUCAUACCAACAUGUUCCUGGGGGCACCCUGCCCGUCGGACGGGCCUUCCUUCCCCGAUGGCAUCACCAACGGAGCAGCGUGGUACCCGUUCGAAGGCAGCAUGUCGGACUACAACUACGUCUGGGGAGGCUGCAUGGAGGUGACGUUAGAGAUCUCUUGCUGCAAGUUCCCGCCGAGACAAGAACUUCCAGGCUUUUGGGAGGAAAACAAGCAGUCCUUGCUUGCCCUUCUGGGUGAAGCCCACAGAGGCGUCCGUGGCAUUGUGACGGACGAGGAGGACAACCCCGUGGUCCAGGCGUCCCUCAAGAUUUCCAACCGCAGGAUCGGCUUCAAGACGACGUCCAAGGGAGAGUAUUGGAGGAUCCUCAGGCCCGGUAGCUACACCCUCGAGGUGUCGGCCCCCGGCUUCCACACUUCGAAGCAGGACUUCGUCGUCAUGGACCAGCAGAUCUCUAUUCUGAACGUGACGCUCAAGUCGCUACAGGCCCCCACGGACAACUUCGUGGAGUUGACGCGGCCGCAGCAGCCGGUGUCUCCGUCCAGUGCAGAGACACUCAAAAUGAGAUGAUGCGCCAAAGAUAAGAUAAAGUAGAACAACUUAUACCUGAAACGUAGGGACGUUCACGAACAAUUUGGAUUUCAUUUGGAACUACCGAAUACUACUGCAGUGCUCGAACAUUAAGCGCGUCUUUCUG